CAGACACAGACACACACACAGACACACACACACAGACACACACACACAGGAGAGGAGCUUCAGAGGAACAUGUCAGCCACUAUUUGUGCCUUCAUACUGACUUUUUCAACACUAUGCGGAUCCAGAGUGGUUUCAGGAGUCCUCAACCCACCCAGAAAUGUCCGCCACACCUCCUUCAACAUGGACCUGGUGCUGCUGUGGGAUCCACCUGAAGAGGCACCCGAAGGUCUGGUCUACACCGUCCAGUACAAGACUAUAAAGACGACUUACACAGAGGUCUGUACCAACGUCUCCACCCCUAAAUGUGACUUUAAGAGCCACGUCUACGCGUACGGGAAGUAUACGAGCCAAGUGCGGGCGCAGGCGGGGGACGAGAUCUCCCCCUGGGUGGAGACUAACCAGACUUUCUUGGACAAAAUAACCGUCAUCGGUUCGCCCAACGUCUCUCUCUUCUCCAGCGGGGCCACCAUCGAAGUCAGCAUCACUGACCCGGUGUUCGCGACUUCGUCCCUCAGGAGCGUGUACGUCAGAGCCACCUACAACAUCACCUACUGGAAGGAGGGCGAGGAGGAAAAGACCAUAAUCAGCAACCUAGAGCAGAACCGGGUGGUUCUGAAUGAUCUGGUUCCCUGGACCAAGUACUGCGUCCAAGUCCAAAUCGACACAAAUAGGGACCCUAAAUUCAGCGAGCCCAGCACUGCUAUCUGUGAGAGCACCACUGAUGAUGAGGAACCUCCAUGGGUGGCAGCAGUGGUGACAUUCGUCGCCAUGGCCAUGACGGUGUCUCUGGUGGUGGUCGCAGUGGUGUAUCGGAAAAUGAUAUACAACUUUCUCUGCCCAAAAGAUACGCUACCUCAGCACUUUAAAGAGUAUUUGCUGGAACCCCCCAACUCACCCAUGUACUUGGCUAUGCGCAACUCCCAUCCACCUGAGGAGGUCUACCACCAGGUCAGCAUCAUCCCAGACGGCAAGACUGUGGAGGAAGGGCGCCCUCUUGAGGCAGCAGGGACUAACUGCAGCAGACAGCAGCCUGUGACGUCAGGCUGCUGAGAUGCAGAGAUAAAAAGCAAAGAAAGAGAGAAAAAAAGACUGAAAAGCACAGAAGAAAUGAAGAAGAGCUGAUCUGCAGGCCGCUAUCAUUCAGGGACGCUGAGAAAAAGUGAAAUGACGGCGCUUUGCUCGAUUUUUUCGAGUUUUAAUGCUGUAAAUUCUGCAGCAGUCUCGUGUUACUGUGAAGUUAUUGUACAGCAGAGCCACAGAGAGGUGUAGAUGUGUGUACAGAAUGUUUACCUUAUUCUGGAGGUGUUAAUUAUCUGUUGUACAUCUCUAUUGUUGCUUGCAGUAUUACCACAUACUGUACUUACUCUACUGAAGACAUACUGUAUGGCACACCCAACCAGAGCUUCCCACACUAACGUAUUUAAGCUGCCUAGACAUGUCCACCAUUCCUUUACUGUGUACUGAAACUGAAAUAUAGACUGACAAUAUUAUCUAGACGAUUCCAGAUGCCUACUCUGACAACAUGACUGCGAUGUCUGUCUGUGAGUAGGACCGAGCACUUUCACACUGAGAGUGAAAGUUUGGGUUCAUGAUUGUGGAAGUUUUUCAUUGAAAAAAAAAAAAAAAACACAAAAAAACAACAUGUAUGAAAUUGGUUCUGACGCAGGCGUUGGGACAGAAGUAACGUCAGACCUCCACAGUCCGGAUGAAGUGUCGCCAUGUUUUCGGGUUGAAAGCGAUACCUCGGCACAAACGUCCACUCGGGCUCAUGAACUGAUUCAAAUUUGGCGUUUAAAGGUCACUUUGAUCCUGCAAUACACGUUUUUUUGGCCAUAACUCAACAAUUCAUAUGCUCAAUAUCACAAAGUUCACAUAAAUGUCUGUCAGGAUAAAUGUCUGGGUAUGAUGUUUUAUAUCGUAAAGGUCAAAGAUUGACUACACAAUGUUCUGCAAAAAAACACCCUUUUCUGGCCAUUAUUGAUCGCCAUAACUCAGGAAGAGAAAGGGGAGACUGUGACCAUAUUCCACUUGUGGUCAGAUACUGACUUGGUGACACUAAUCUUUGGGUUUCCACUUUAAAACUGUGGUGAUUGUAAAGAUCUUCUGUGCUCCCGGGUUGAAGAAGUGUCCCAGGCUAGCAGAAGUUUUGAUGGCCCCCAAAGCUUUGAUUAAAAAAAAUUAAUAUAUUUCAUGAAGCAGAGAUUUAUGGCUGAAAACGGUACAAGAAAACUGACUGUUAUAAGAUGAUAUAGUAUGUUGAAAAGUGUUUUCUUUAGAUUUGAGAACUUUUAGACUAUAUUUUCACUUUAGAACCACUUUUCUUGGAUCUCCUGGACAGAUUUCUCAACAAAAUCACCAAAACAGUGAGAUCCUUGUACAUAUAUUACAAUGUUUUAUAUAUAUGUAUAUGUAUGUGUGUGUUUACCAGUGAGUGCCAUCGAUGCUAUUUCUGCUUUCUAUUAACUGCCAGCACAUUUAUUAAAGGUAUAUUCAUCCUCACUGGUGCUAAUUGAAGAUAAUGUUGAAGGUACAUAAUUAAGAGUUCAGUGCUCAGAGUGGAAACAAGGCAGCUGCAAAGUAACACAACGUCCACCUCAGAGUUUUACUCAGUUGAACUUAAAUAAAUACAUUUUUUGAACAUGA